UUCGUUUGUAGUUUGACCUUGUUCAUUGUUGUUCUCAGUAUAGCAUUUCUACAGAGAAAAUAUCUCCAGUUAAGGCCCAGAUUUCGUGAUGAAGUUCGCACUUGGUUUUCUGGAGAUCCUACUCUUCACUCUGCAUACACUCCCAGUAUUAUCUACAAUAACUGAGGUCAUCAACCUGACCGCAGAAAGCUGCUCUAACGCAACCACAUUCCAGAAGAUACAGGGCUCAUUCCAAGCGUACAGCGUGUACAUUGACCUGGACGAGGGUAUGGACGAGUUUAAACCAAUUGUUGUGACCUGUGGACUCAACGCAGCAGUGCCAGAAGAGUGCAAGGAAUUAGUUGAGGGUACAAUUGAGAACAUUUCAAUCUCGAUGAACGGCACAAUUAAAGAUCGCAUGUACAACGAAUACUACAGACCAGACAUAAAACAGUUUGGCAGUGCACUUCAUUUCGAGCAACACGAGAGAGCAGAAGUUAAGUGCAUCACGACUUUAAGCGGAGGAGGUGUACUGGUUUCAAACGAAAAGAUCAUCAGCGAUAUAGACGAGCUCCACCCCUUCAUGAUAUUCCCAGCACAACAGGACGUGACAGUGGGAAACUCCUACACUUUAACCUGCAAAACAGAUGUGGCAAGAGCGCUGGAUGACUUGUCGUGGACGCUGUGGAACGGGGUGGAGGGGUUUGAGACUACAGUGAGUUGCGCUGAUGAUGACAGGUUCACAUGUGGAACUGUGAAGAGGACUGCUACCAACCUGCCCGGGUCGGUCUUGACAGUUUCUACCAGUGAGCUGGAGAAUAAAGUCAUCUCUAAUCCGAUAGAGUUCACGUACCGUUGUAAUUCAGCAGUUAACCACACCCACCAACAUAAGAUGAUGGGAGAGGCACGCGUCACUGUACACCCCAAAACGAGCAAAGCUAUGGGAAUAGGACUGGGUGUAACAGCUGGUAUUUUAGUGCUAGGUGCUAUCAUAGCUGCUGCAGUUAUCAUAUUCAAACGAUCUAAACUCACCACGGUUAUGAUGUACGGCAAGCUGGAAGAAACAGACGCAUAGUGAACAUCACAGAGCGCCUGCUGCACUGAGACCGCCAAUCUUGAGAGGAAUUUAAUCGAGCGAGCAUAAUAUUGGACGUUAUAAUUGUUGUUUCGGCAUUUGUUAAUUUCUUAAUCUUGUCUUAUCUUGUCUUAUCUUGUCUGUUAAACGAUUGUUUAAUAGUUUAUCGUGAUGUAGAUUGUAGAGCCAUAAAGAGAUUGGACGGUAUUGCAGUUAUAGUUGUAUUUAGUACAAUUUGUAUUUAUAUUUAGAAAUAUACUUAAUUCAAUGUUUUCUAUCUAUGAAAUUGGUGAUGAUAUCAGUGAAACCUGAUUA